GAAGAAGAAGAAGAAGAAGAAGAAGAAGAAAAAAAAUGGUUAGCGGCAAGGCAACUGCGUCGGUGGACGGCAAGACCGUCGCCGAGACCACCGAGUGGGAGGAGGUCGAGGGCAACGUCUACUUCCCCCCAGGCGCCCUCGACCGCGACCUGUUCUCGGGCCCGACGAGCCUCCACACCACGUGCGGCUGGAAGGGCGAGGCGAGCUACUAUACCAUUACCGUGGGAGACAAGACGCUCGAGAACGCGGCCUGGUACUACCCGACGCCCAAGCCCAAGGCCGAGCACAUCAAGGAUUAUGUGGCUUUCUACAAGACCAAGGUCGACGUCACAAAGACUGUCGCGUAAAUCGAACAGGACGCAGGGGGGGCGGCGGCGGCGGGGCAGAAAAGGAAACCGGCACUGAAUACGUGGCCUUUCGAGGCGAGAUGAUGGGCGGGUUGCGCCCCGUCACACCCAAAACAUGUGCUGCCUAGGCAAGGUAGCGUAGAGUAGCUGCGCUACGGGGGCUGUAUACAUGCCUAGCUCUAGAGUCCAUCUACUGAACUUCAUGGCAAUAGACUGACAGUUACAUUUUUUUCCGGACA